UGGUAUUAUUAUUGGGCCGGGACAACUAGUUCAUUCUGAUAAUCCCAAGCUCCUCGACCAUAGAAAUAUAUGGAUAUAAGGCGCGAUUUCCAUAUGGCCGAAGGGGAAGGAGAAUGGAGCUACUCCAAGAACUGUAGGCGUCAACAAAUAUCUGUCCGGGAGACUAGGCCAAUGGUCGAGACUGCCGUCAAACAGGUGUACGCAGCUCUCCUCCCCAGAACCAUGGUCGUGGCCGACCUUGGAUGCUCUGCAGGACCGAACACGCUGCUCUUCAUCACUAGCGUUCUGAGCAGCGUCGCUGAUGAGCAUAGCAAGUCGGCGAGCGGGGACGACCAUCACGUGGAAGUUCAGUUCGUCUUGAACGAACUCCCCGGCAACGACUUCAACCACCUGUUUCGGUCAUUCGAGGAGGAGUUCAGAAGGCCAGCAGGUUGUGAAAGGCCUCCUCCUCCUUCCUACUAUGUCAUGGGGCUACCGGAGUCCUAUUACAACAGGCUGUUUCCUCGUCAGAGUGUGCAUCUAUUCCACUCGUCCUACUGCCUCCACUGGCGCUCCCAGGAACCUGAGGGACUAGAGGCGUGGAGAAAACCUUGUCUAAAUGAGGACAACAUCUACAUCGCAAGGACGACGGCACCUACGGUGGCGAAACUGUUCCAGGAGCAGUUCCAGAAGGACUUCUCCCUCUUCCUCAAGCUGCGCCGUAAAGAACUCGUGCAUGGAGGGCAGAUGGUCCUUGUAUUUCUCAGCAGGAAGAACGAGGACGUGUACAGUGGCGACCUCAACCAGCUCUUCGCGUUUGUCGCGACAGCGUUGCAGUCUCUUGUUUCGAAGGGCCUUGUGGAGAAGGAAAAGCUAGAGUCUUUCAACCUACCGAUCUACGGGCGGUCGGUGGGAGAAGUGGAGGAUUUGGUCACGCAGAGCGGUCUGUUCAGCAUGGAUCUGAUCAAGCAGUUCGAGAUGAACUGGGACCCGUUCGACGAUUCGGACGCUCGCAGAAGCAUGAAUGUCGCCAAGUACAUCAGAUCCGCGCUGAAGUCUUUAAUUGUCUGCCAUUUUGGAGAAGCCAUAAUUGACGCAUGGUUUGCCGAGUUCAGGCGCCUUGUCGCUGAGCACCUCGAGAAGGAGAAGACCAAGUUCACCACCUUCGCCAUGUGCUUGAAGAAAGAAUAGUAUGGUCUUAUAUACAUAGAUCUAUUUGGACGCGUGCGCGCGCAUAUGGUUCGUAUAUAUGUGUAUUAUAUUGCUCACAGGGUAUAUGCGUAUUAUAUUACUCAUAGGGUGUAGCUAGCUACUCGCAUGUGUAUUAUAUUUCUAGCUUUAGAGUGUAUAUGGGACAAUAGAGUAUACACUACCGGAAUCUGAGGCUUUGCCGAAUGUUGGCCUCUUUGUCGAGUGCCUUUUGUCGGGCACUCGGCAAAGACGGCUU